AAAAUUAGUUGAAGUAACAGUUGAAAGGGAGAUCAUGUUUUGCCUUGGAAAAUAUUCAAACGCAAGUCUGCUCCGAUAGGGGAUUCGCCUCUUUCCUGUAGAUCUACUGUCUGUAGAGUGUAGUGUGAUGAGCGCGCACGUCCGUGUGAUUGAGUGAGGGUUGCCCAGCGAGCGGAAUGGAGCGCAGGACAACAGUUGCCUAGGCGAAAGAGUGCAUUGGCUAGCGAGGAACCGAGACACCUGAGACGCUGCGUCUGUGAAUGUAUGCAAGAUUCCACGAGAAACUAAGUGAGUAAUUAGUUCAACAAGAUUCCACCGUGAAGGUGAGUUACGGCGACGCAGACACGAAAGCACCAUAAUCAACAGAGCCUGUCGCUCAACUUCCCAUCUCGAAGAGGCAAUAACCGCCGAGUUAUGCUUUAGCUCGCGCUAUGGUGGUUGUUGGCGAUUGGUGCCGCAAAGAGAAGCAGAGAUGAAGAUCUUGUCAUGCUGUUGUUGCUGCUCUGCGGAGAGGGAACGCAGGGAUAUUACGUUCAUGGUGAUCGGUCUAGACGGAGCUGGCAAAACCAGUGUAGUGCGUUGCUUGUCCAAAGAUGUUCAAUCUGGACCAACUAGGCGGCCUGGUUCAGCUGCAACUAGUCACCACUCGACUCACAUGAAGCAAGGCCACUACGAUAUUACACUGCUGGACAUGGCUGGUGCUGUUCGCCUUAGGAGCCUCUGGAAAAACUUCUUCUCUAAGGUCCAUGGAUUGGUCUUCGUCGUUGACAGCAGCAAUAGUGAGCGUAUGAGCGAGGCACAGCGUGUCCUGGAGACAGUUCUGGCCGACAGCCAGGCUAGAGGAAAACCAAUUCUAAUACUAGCGAAUAAACAGGAUGCGGAUGACCCGCUUGACGAGAUUGCGGUCUUCAAUCAGCUAGGACUGGAGUUGUUUCAAGCUAGCCACUCACUACGCUGCCAGGUGGAGUGCUGCACGGCAUCAUCACCGGAAGUCAAGUCUGUCAACACGGGGUUGAAAUCAGGUCUGCAGUGGCUAACACGAGAGGUUAGUCUUCAGUACGGACCACUGACGGCCCGAGUGCAAUUGGAGUCUGCACAGCAGGAGGCCGCUGAGCAACGUCAGAAGAGAGAACGACUCAACAAAAUGCACUCGGUGCGUACAGAACGAGUGUCCGUUGCGGAGGAGUCGGCGGUGUCUGAGGUGCUCGCAAUGGCGCCGGCAACCACACUGAGCGCACCACAACCACGGCGGCGGCACAGUGAGGAUACCGUAAGAAACACGUCCGCAAACACCACGGCAGAGGCUCAGCCUAGCACCAGUGCCGUCCCCGGGGCCCCCGUUCUAGGCUCGAAAAGAGAGUCCACACAGAGUCUGCAGCUACCGGAGGCGGAAAGUCCAAGAUCGGAGGAUGCUUCGUCGGGGCAGUCAUCACCACCAGUUAAAUUCCCUGUGACACUUGCCCCGGCAGACCCCAUAUCUGGCUCUGGUAUGUCUGACUCGCAUCUGGCACCAUCACCGGAGAAGUCUCGCAGCUACAAGCGGCGCUCAAAGGGUGCCGUGGAACCCAUCAUGGCCCCCCAGGUGCUCAUGCCCAUACCGCACCACCGAGUCAAUGUAAGUCUCUUCUCCAGCCCCGUGGACACAUCACUGCCCCGUGGUGACCCGUGCAUGGUUGCAGCUAACCGGGGACUGCCACACGCCACCGCCGAGACCCGCUCAGAACUCGACCUGCAUGGCUCGGCUCAUCCACAGUUUGUGCCAGAUGAGGCCGGGGGCUCUUUCGCACAGACCCAGGCUAACUCAAGCGCCAGCAAGGCUGGGAGAAUACGACUGGAGCCGAUAAGGACUAAGCGCAAACAACAGUCGUUCACUGCCGCCAAUCAGAGCAAUUCCGCACAAGCUCUCUUUACACCGCGGAGAGUGAGUCCGCCAUCAACGAAGGGCCAGUGAACGAGUUGAUGAGUGAUAUGGGUAGGGAGUACAGGCUGUAUGUGGCGGUGUUUGGACAAUGCCACAUCUCUCCACGGGCUGUGUAUGGUGUGCUGGGACAAUGCUACAUGGCACCACUCUCCAUCGACUCCAACUCACUGCAUACAUGCACUACUGCACCGAUGCUCUUUUCCCUGUCUGACGAACAGCCGAUGGGGACCAUGCUCAGCAUGCAGUACUGUGCCUGUGUUUUGCGUGGACUGGCUGCGCCAAAACUCGGCGAUAAAGCUGUAUUGGAGGACCGCCGUCUCAGCUUUGAGUUGCCGUGACAAUGCCGGCAGCGCUUACAUCAACAUUGGAUUCACUACUGGCAGACGAACAGCUAACAAUUCAACUUAACAACAGGACCCGAUGACCCGAUGACAAUGACACCCUUGAGCUCAACUAGAUGAAUGGACCCCAUGGCUAUAAUUAUAACUUUAAAUGUAGUAUUUGAAUCCGCUACGAUAAUAAUUCUCUUGAUUACCGGUAUCCCUAUUUCAUUUUAAUAACGCUCAGCUACAUACACACUCCUGAGCAUCCAGCAGAGUGGGAACUGAAAACAGCUCCAUCGGCCACUCUCUUUGGACUGCACUGAUUUAUAAAACCAUUGAAUGAUCGUCUGCUACACAUCUCAUGCAACUCAUGCAUGUGCUGAGAAAAUCUCUUGACGUUUAUUUGACACAUACCGCACAUGUUCAGGUUACAAGAAGAAUCCAUUGAUACAGA